AACCUCGGCAGUUGGCAGUAAGUCAGCCGGUGUUGGCGGCAGUCGGUCAGCUGUUCCCUGACUCUUACCCACUAUGUCUUCCGGCGGCCCCUCCAACAACAGCAAUGGCAACGGAAACUCUCUCAAGCUGUAUUACCACCCCAUGUCCUUCUACUCGCAGAGGGUCCUCAUGGCACUGUGAAAGCGUGUGCCAUUCAAGAGCCAGGUGGUGUCACUGCUGACCAAGGAGCAGUACAAGCCCUGGUUCCUGAGACUCAAUCCUCGCGCGGAAGUGCCGGUGCUGACAGACGGGGUGAAGGUCAUUCCAGACUCUGUGAGGAUUGUUGAGUACCUGGAGGACAAUUUCUCUAAUGGCCAGUUUGGACAGUUGACGCCACGGGAGAAGGGCAGCGAGGAGAGCAGGAAGAUCCAAGCCUUCAGGGAGUGCUUUGAGGGCCUGCCAGUCGGGGCAAUGACAUACGGCACAGCUGGCAACCCUCACCUAUGGGAUAAUCCAAAGUUUCCUUUCACCCCAACACUUUUCAAGCAGAUGGCAGAGAUGGCCAAGACCCGUCCCUCCAUGAUCAGAGGAUAUGCCCAGAGUAACCCGGAAUUCCAAGAAACUCUACGGGAAAAGGCAUUGGAGGCACAAGAUGGGGACCAGAACCUACACAAGACUGCAGAGGAGAUGGACGACGUGCUGGGGAGAUUUGAUGCAGCACUGGGAAGGGCCGAGGAGGAGCUGGCAACACACACAGGAGAACACACUCAUUGGUGGUUGUGUGGAGAACUGUUUAGCAUUGCCGACAUAGAUCUCGCCAUCCUCCUGAACCACCUCUACGUUCUGGGACACGAGAGGAGGUUUUGGGCAGAGGGGAAGAGGCCCCACCUUCAGGCUUACUGGGACAGGAUACAGCAGAGAGUCUCCUUCCAGAGAUCAACCCACAUCUCCCUUGGAGGACUCCAGCUGGCCAGACUCCACCAGGCCUUCAAGGAGCACAGUGGGGUGCUGGCCUCUGUGAUGGCAGCCCUGGGCUUGGCCGCAAUUUCCUAUGCUGUGUAUCGACGGGUCAACAAGUCCUAGGGGGAGCUCUGCGUGUCGGUGUGUGUUAGUCUAGGUAGUGCUGUGGUCACCAGUGAGAUCUUGGAGGAGGGCAGGAGGUGAUGCUGUGUGUGGGAGACCUGAGCCACGGCCAGGAGAUUGGUGCCACUCAUUCUUGUGUGAAUUAAGUAGUUCAUUCCAUGCCUUGUUGGAAGUUCACAUGUUUAUCGAUUACGUACCAUUAGUAUUGUGUUGUUUUCUUUCCUAUGAAUUGAAUAUUUGUUGUAUUAAUAAAGCAUUUACUUAGGUAUACUAAUAUUUUGGGUAAUUUUUUCUUGUAAUAUUUAUUGGUCUUGUACUUGUAGGAAAAACACCAAAACUGCUAUAUUUUACUGACUACAAAAAGAAUGUCUGCAGACCACACAAUACUGAGUGGCAACCAUUCGGAACCAUUGUUUGUUGCAUCGUCAUAUCAUUCGUGUGUCCGUCACACUCAGUAUUGGCCUCUGUCUGAGUGGCAGGAACCUUAGCGGUGUUGGCGGUGAUGAAGUUUUGGUGAAAUUUUUCAUAAUAUUGCUGCUGUGCUGCUUCUGUGCUGAACAUGCUGAAGGCAGAUGAAAUGAGGCAUCCUGUGUGAGGAGGCACACUUUAGCCAGUUCACUGAAGGGGCUUUUGACUCACUAGGUUACUUAAGUCUGAGCAUGUCCUUUAAUGCCCAGCACCUCUAAUGUAAGGUGGAAGUUUUUGAUUCCAGUGUAAUGUAAGUCUGGCAGGAACCUUGAUUGGUUUACCAAAGCAGAAAUGUACUUGUGCAUGAAACUCGGACUGUAAUUUUAUGUUCUGAAGUGCAAGAGAGAGAUGGAUAGUUUGUUUUUUGUGCUGAAGGAACUGUACGGGAAAAAUACUUAACAGUUGUUAUUUGAAGUCCAAAUCAGCUUUGACUUAAUAUCUAGUAAAAAACUGAAAGAUCUGUCAUGGCAUAGAUUAUAAGGUAUUAACUUCAAAUGGUAUAAGGAUAUUUGCCAGUUGAGUUCCACUGAUAUUGAAGCCUGUUAGCUGAGGAAUAUCCUCUUGAUGUUAGUGGCUCUUCCUGUAAUGGCAGUAAUACCUCCAGUUAUUGUAGGAGAUUAGAUAGUCGCUUAUGAAGGAAAAGAGUGUGUACUACCUCAUUGUAAGUGUUGGAUCUAGUGUGUGUGUAUUGAUUCUGUUGUUGGUAGGUUUGGUUGUAUAAUUUCUCCGUGGAAGGAUUGUUGUUGCUGCACAGUAGUGACAAUACAGUAUUUGGUGAAAACAUUGUUGGCUUGCCAUUUCCCAAACAUUAUUGCUGGGAAAUAUGAUAAAGGUCUUGUUUCAUCAUUUCUCCACUAGUAUUCAGGAUAGGUGUGAUGUGGUUUGCCAUAUAUCAGACAGUUUUCUGUAGUAACCAAAGGCCACAUCCAUAUUUGUUAGAUACUGUGUAACAAAACCAGCAUUGAAGUAGAAUGAUAUUGUGUGGUGGCUUCUGGAGAGAUGAUGCAGUAGAUUGCCUCUGUUGUGUAUGCUCAUGUGGUGUUUAUGUACAUCACCUGGACAGAUUUUUAGACUUGCAUAUAGCUCAGAUAUUUGCUGCUUGCUGAAGGUUAUGGUGUGUCAUGUGUCUGGGCAUGGAUUGGUUGACUGCCAGAGGUACAGGUUGAUGAUGUGACUUUUGAAGAGUGACAGUUUUUUUGAGCCCUGACAUAGACGGUCUCCUGCAAUUAGUUAUUCAUGUAAACAUCUGGUAACUCGGCAGCCACUCUGAUGUACGGUCAUAUUGUGCCUCGUAAUUCUCAAAGUUUAUCCACGUUGGAGUAGUUCAAUAUACACGUGUACGUAUAUAGAAGACAUAUAUAUUUUCUAUGUGAGACUACCAUUUUUAUAAAUUGUCUGGUCGUAUCACACCUCACAACGAACAACCUCCUCGGCAUUCACUCGCCUCAGGAGCAGUGUUUUGCAACCGUGCCCAUCUCUGUACAUCUGGUAACUACCCCUUCAGUAAUGUGCUUUCAAGUCCUUUAAGCUAAGUGAACUCUCAGUCACAGAGUAUUAAGAGAAGUAGCUUAUGAGUCCCAGUGUAUCAUAGCCUGUAAGUGAUGAGAUAUAGUCCCCAAUCAUUAGUAAACAGUACAGAAGGAAUCAUAAGAACAGACAAAGGUUUUAAUAAUAGUUUGAAAGAAAUGAAACUGAACAGAGAAUCAUCUAGUUAUAGUCAUGAAAACACUUGCCAAUAUACCUGAUAAAAAAUUAAUCUCCUUUCAUGAUAAUAUUGUUGAGUAUUGCACUGUUCCUGUGGUGUGAUGAUAAAUCAGUAUGUAAACUAACUAGAUAAGCGCCUUUCUCUAUCAACUGUUGCAGCGUGGAGUAUUAGGAUGAAAAAAUUAAUGUCCUUUCAUGAUUGUUGAGUAUUGCACUGUUCCUGUGGUGUUCAGUAUGUAAACUAAGUAGAUAAACAGCCAAACAGCCAGUCUCUAUCAACUGUUGCAGCGUGGAGUAUUAGGGCAAGCAAGCAGCGACAAUCCAGUUUCAAGUGUUCAGAACCAUUACAGAUGACCAGGUGACAGAAACACUACCUGGGCACAUCACUUAUAUUUUGGAUCUAUAUAUUAAUGGCAACACAGUUCAUGGUAACUAAUGUGGCUAGAGAGAGGAUGCUAUUUCUCUCUCUCUCUCUCUCUCUCUCUCUCUCUCUCUCUCUCUCUCUCUCUCUCUCUCUCUCUCUCUCUCUCUCUCUCUCUGUGGUGUGGUGGAUAUGAUGUUCUUUGCCUCUCCCUACCUUGACUUCACUUUUCUGUCUUCUCAUCCUCUUGUCACUUGUUAAAGAGAGAGCAUGCAUGUGUGUGAAAGGUAUGAGUGUGUGAAUGAAUGAGGAAUCACCUGCAAUUAUGUUCUUCAUCUUCACUCAGGUAACAGGGGAAGCCAAGGACAGGAUCCAAGCCCACCACAUGAGUCAGUGAGGGGAGAGGGAUCUUGUCAGUGGCAUCCUCGUAUCCUUCACCCUUGCUUCACUUUAGCUAAAUGUAAAGACAAUGGCUUCAGCAGACAAGACCGGUGGAUUCAAAUUUACUUCGUCAGCAGACUUUUCAUGUUAAGAUUUUAGGAUUUUCAAGAGGUGCUUCACUUUUUUUGUCUUGAUUAUCAUGUCUUCUUUCCUGCCCUUGCUACAUUGUGCAGGUCAUGUUUCUCCAUUGUAUUUGUUGACUUGGAGUGUGUUUGUGGUAGGUGGAGUGUAUAUGCAUAAUCUGUAGUGAGGUGACAGUGUGAAGAGUUUUGGAUAUCAGCUUAUAAUCCUCAUAUGUUUCCUCUUAUAUUUUUGCAGUAUGGAGCAUCUUUGGCUCCAAAUUUACAUCAGAUUUUUGUAUUUUUUUAAUGUGUUUUCUUGCUCGUCUUGUGUGUGUGUUGUGUUUAUGUCCAAACUGUAUGUUUUUUUUCAAUUUGUUUUCUUUUAUUCUCGAUUUAUUAUGAGUUUGUGUUAUGUUUGUCCGAGCUGCAGUUCACACCUGGUCGUUACUAUUCCAUUACAGGUGUUCUGUUUCGGUGAUGUUAGGAGUAAUGGAAGGCUGCCCGUCCUGCUGAGUGUCAUGUCACCCCAGCAGGUCUUUACUGUACUUGGAGGGUUCUAUUAGGUGUUUGUUGACACUUACUAUUCUGCCACUGCUGCUGUCAGGUGUUUGUAUUUGACAUUUAGUUAAGGUAAGCAAGCAGACACAAAAUCAAUCUCUCUCUCUCUCUCUCUCUCUCUCUCUCUCUCUCUCUCUCUCUCUCUCUCUCUCUCUCUCUCUCUCUCUCUCUCUCUCUCUCUCUCUCUCUCUCAUCUUUAUGUUGGCAAAUAAACCCACUUUGUCUUGUUUGUUCCAUAAGUAAACAAUCUGUGCAUAGGAGAUUAUCUAUAUAUUUAUUUUUGUGGCAUUCCACUCGUGUACAUAACCUGGGCUCAUUUGGCUUCUUUGUGCAGAACUUGUAUAUAUAUAUACAUAUAGGGAGGCAAUUAAACUACAAUAUGGGA